AUGAAGAUGUUGGUGGUGGUGGUGGUCGUGCUGCUGGUUCUGCUACUGGUGAUGAUGCAGCUGCUUCUGAUGACAGUGGAGGUGUUGAGAUCCUUUGAGGCGGUGAUGGUGUUGAGAUCCUUCGAGGUGGUGGUGGUGUUGAGAUCCUUCGAGGUGGUGGUGGUGUUGAGAUCCUUCGAGGUGGUGGUGGUGUUGAGAUCCUUUGAGGUGGUGGUGGUGUUGAGAUCCUUCGAUGUGGUGGAGGUGUUGAGAUCCUUCGAGGUGGUGGAGGUGUUGAGAUCCUUCGAGGUGGUGGUGGUGUUGAGAUCCUUCGAGACACAGGCCAAAAGCUGGCAGAGGGAGAAGAGAGAGGAGCAGACAGGUGUGGAGCACCUGGGGCUCCUCUGA